AUGUUGGUCUCACGCCGCUUCUUAGGUCCCAUACUCGACGACGUUCCAAUCAAGCUCGAGACCGUCGAAGUAAAAGGAACGCUGUUCAACGACUACACUCCAUCCCGCAUUUGGCGACAGCCGCCCAGCGAAGAGGUCGACAAAGCAUGGGAUGACAUGGCGCGCAUCGAGUAUUUUGGUGUAAGGGGAGAUGCACUCAGAAAGAUGGGCAAAGAUCCAAAGAUUUCUGUGUCUAUCCCUGAGGACUGGGGCGUGGGCCCCGACAAGUACCUGGUCGAGAUUGACAUGCAACACCAGCUGCAUUGUCUCAACGCGAUACGUAAAUAUGCCCACUGGGACUACUACUACGGCAAUGCUUACAAAAAUAUCUCAAUGGCGCCCAAACGACAUCAAGCUCACCUGGCACAUUGUGUCGAUAUUAUCUUGCAGGCUUUGACAUGCAAUCCAAGCCUUGAUCUCAUUUCGCACAACUGGAUGAAGACCCAGGAGAACCCGUAUCCUGACUUCAAUAUCAAGAGGCAGUGCGUAGCGCACGAACCCAUCUUAGAGUGGCAGCACCAGAAUGGCAUCUCAGAGCAAAUUUUGAAGUUCAAGAAUCUUCCCAGGCCUGAUGACUUUCCGGAGGUUGAACCAGAACCAUCGAUACUUGUGAUCGGAGAAGAUUUAGGACAUCAUGAAUAG